CAGACGGAUCGCUGUGUAUGGAACAGAUGUGUAUUGGCCAUGUAGAUAUUGUAACAUACGACGUAACAUUGUAAUUCUAUGAUGGCCCAUUGAUCGAUACCAUGCCUUCGUACAUCAAGGGAUAGUAUACAUAAUUUGCUCGUAAACUCAGUACUUUAUUGACAUUUUGGAAGAGGAAUUUUGGAUCAUGCAUGUGACUGCUUUAAAGGUUGUACACAGAAAAUCCUCGGAUUUUGUGCGGAGACAAGACAGGGAAAUGAAGAAGAAGAAAAGAGCGACGAAACUGGAUCAGCCGAAGGUUCAGAAUUUGGAUAUUUACCAGCCCCAUAGUGUUCAGGAGGAGGUCAGAGACUUCGGGCUUUAUGGAAAUCUUAGGAAAGCCAAUACGGAAGUUCGAAACCCGCUACCUUCACCAGAAUUGAUCGAUCGAGAAAAGCAUGUUCUAGAGUUCGACAAACAAAGACGGAAGAAGCCCCAUGACGUUCAUUACAAAGCGUUUUAUCGGUAUCUAUCACCUGCCUUGUCCGACCAUUAUGCAGUCAUACCUAAAAGUUUACCAAACAGUGCUAGUACAACGGGAAAGGGGACGAGUUGAUAAUGAACAAACUUACUCGCUAUCAUACAAGACAAAAACUUCCUUCGUAGUCACGUGGGCCGGAAUUCAAACUACUGGUCAUGCAGAGGAUAUUCGGUCGCCUUGCACAACGAAGAAAUGAAGGCUGAUCACGUGACAAACACAAUAUUCCCCCUGAUCAGAUGAUGAUCCUGAUUUGAUUAUAGACUAAUCAUAGGUUCGAUUCUGUCGGAGGAAAAAACAAACAUAGCGAAUUUCUUGGGAUGAUGAGUUUAUGUUCGCUAGAUUUGUAAUACGUUCCAUUUAAAAAAAAAAAUUAGGUCAUUAUUUAGCAUGUAUGAUAUAACCACCUUGAAGUGAUCACCUCAUCAAUCAAAAGGGUCUUAACAAUAAAGUUAUGUUGAUAGUUUAUAACUUAGUAGAUCAAUGUUAAGAUACCUACUCGGUAAACUGGGUUGAAUUUGGCGGUCAGGCUACAUAGGGGAUGGUGUUAUUUCGGAGGGAAUGUCAUUGUUGUAGCAUGCUCAGAUUCACAAGUCUUUAACGCUAAUGAAAGAUAUUUUUGACGUGUAUUGUUUGUGUUUCUGGUGUAACUCUGGUCGUUGUGAUCACCAUGUGUACGUAUCUAGUUUUAAGAUAUAUUGUCCCUAUACAGCAUUAUAGAUUUACGAUUUGUGUUUAAGCUGUCGAUAUGUUUAGGACAAACUUGCGGUUCCAUUUUGUUUAACUUCAUCUAGAGAUAAUAUUCAUAGUUAUUUGUAAAUGCAUAUUGAGAUUAUGCUUUGGAAGUUACAUUUUCUGCAAUAUUGUCAAUUAGUUACUGUAAAGUAUAAACAAAUGAGUUUAAUAAAGUGUUUGUUUAAAGUUUAAUUGUCAUUUAUGUAAAGGGAUGACGCGCACCUUAAUGUAUUCAUACACAAUAAAGGUCUAACUAUCAAACAAA